AUGGAUGGAGUUAAAGAAUGGUUCAAUUCAAUACCCCCAGUUUCAAGAUACAUGUUUGCAAUAUUUUUAGGUAUCCCAGUUUUAGCGGCAAUGCAUUUAAUUAGUUUCAAUUAUUUAUAUUUAGAUUUUACAUUCACUUUUAAACAUUUCCACUUAUGGAGAUUAAUAACCGCUCCUUGUAUUAUUUCAAGUUUAGGUCCAAUGUUUUUAUUUAAUUUAAUUUUCUUUUAUCAAUAUACAACUAGAUUAGAGAGUUUAAAUUAUGCAGGAAAAUCAGAUGAUUAUUUAUUUUGUAUAAUUUUUAUUUCAAUUUGUAAUAUUAUAUUUGGACUUAUCUUUGAAUAUUAUUUCUUAGGUACAAUGACUAUUAUGUCAUUGAUUUACAUUUACUCAAGAAUGAAUCCAACUGGUACAAGUAAUUUCUAUGGAUUCUUUUCAUUCAAAACCAUUUAUUUACCAUGGGUAUUUUUAGUAGCACAUUUCCUUCAAACUGGUCAUCCACCAUAUAGCGAUUUCUUGGCAAUCGUAUCUGGUCAUAUCUUCUUUUAUUUGACUGAUAUCUAUCCAAGAGCUAAUGGUGUACCAGCUUUAAUCAAAACUCCAAAAUUCAUUACAAACAUCUUUAAUAAAGGUGACAGAAAUCCAAAUAAUGUUCGUAGAGAUCCAAGAACUGGUAGACCAAUUCAAGAAGGUGGUUAUAAUUGGGGUCAAGGUCAUGCACUUGGUUAA